GUAAAAAGCGAAUUCAUUCUUGCUGAUUAUCCUAAAGAACUUUACUUUAAUUCGAGCUCACUCGUGGCUGUGGCAUCAAGUGUAGCAUCGGAUCAAUUCGGCAACAUUUUUGAAGGUGUUACUAAAUGUUGCUGUCAGUAUUAUCCUGACUCGAAGUCUUUUCAUGGGGCGUUAGGUAAACCUACGAAACAUAUUCAUACACGGACAAUGAAACCAUAUUUCGUAGAAUUUGUUGAUGUUGGUGAUGAGCAUGAGCAGCAAUGGAA